CGGUCUCGAUUAGUUUUGUUUCUGGCUUCUAAUCCGAGACCAUAUGUUAACGGCCAAAAGCAACCGUUUUGAAUGCUAGUUAGCAAAGUAAUCAGAGGAAUAUAUUCACUGUGAUUUGAAGUCUGCACUCAUGUCGGGCAGGAGCAACGGUGUGGAAUGGGUUGAGACAACCGAAGAGGUUGUUGUUACAGAGGAGUGUCUACCACCUGAUGACAGCACCCCGACAGUGAUACCGGUUUUAGAGCCAGCAGAAACAACAAUCCAGAAGGAACUGGACUCUGUGGGGAAGGAAGAAAACCCAGAGGCGGAUGAUGGCUUUUAUUGCGAGGAGUGUCUGACUCUCUUCCAGGACCAGAGUGACCCGGCUAAUAUUAGUGGCCCUUCUUUCGUUCUUGACUUUCCAACAAGCAUGGGUGUCCCCCAGAGGGCCCUCCUCACUCUUCCCUAUGGUUUGAUGAUAGGCAGAUCUAGUAUUCCCAGGGCGGGUGUUGGGGUCAUAAAUCAUGGACCAAUAGUGUCUCCAGGAAUGCAUUUUGGACCAUAUGAGGGGGAAGUGACAACAAGUGAAAAUGCAAUGGCCAGUGACUUCUCCUGGGAGAUUUGCAAAGGAAAACAUGAGUAUGAGUAUAUUGAUGGUGCCAGAGAAACACACUCAAACUGGAUGAGGUAUGUCAACUGCGCUCGUAAUAAAGACGAGACAAAUUUGCUGGCGGUCCAGUUCAAAGGCAGCGUCCUCUUUCACUGCUGCCGCACCAUACAACCUGGAGACGAGCUCAUGGUGUGGCCCAGCAACAAGCUUCUCACCCAUUUUAGUGAAGCUUGGACCCAGAUGUGGUUUAUGAAGUUGAAUUCAGCAGAGAAUAAUACAACUGCAGAAUCACAGAUCUUCCUGUGCUCCGAAUGUCAGCUGACCUUCACUACAGAGGCCUUUCUCCAGCGACAUACAGAGCACUUCCACUCACAGCCUAUAGAGGACUGUACAACACCUGCCGCUGAGGUAGCUGAACCUGAAAAUCCCACUUCCAAUGCCGACUCAGGUCACUCUGUAGCAUCCCUGGUGGUGUUAUCUGUUGAUCCCGUUGAAGCCAAAACAUGUGGUGAUUGUGGGAAGACUUUCAAGCAAAUGCCUCACCUGAGGAGGCACAAACUUUGUGUUCACUCAAACAAGCGCCCCUACUGCUGCCCACAGUGCAGGCGAACUUUUAGCCAGGCCUCUGGCUUAAUCAGACACCAGCUAGUUCACAGAAAGCAGACUGUGCUAAAAGCCCCUAAUCAAAAGAAAAACUUCAGUGAGAAGACUGAGAGCUUGACACAGAGGUCAGAACUUUUUACAACAGCAGAUCCAGCCGUAGCUGAUGAAACUAAGGACAUGAAUGUAAGUGAGAAAGAUAUGGACGUAACUGAAACUGAGAAUACUUCUGCAGGAGAGGCGGAGAUGUUCCAAUCUAAUUGUACAGACUGUGGAAAAAGCUUCACAAAUGAAGCCUCCCUCAAAAAGCAUAAGGUGACUGUCCAUGAGAGGUUACGUCCAUAUGUCUGCACUGUGUGUCAGAAGUGCUUUGGCCAGUACAACGACCUGACCAGGCACCUGCGGCGUCACCAAAAAGAAAGUAAAAGGAAAGAAAAGUUAAAUGAGGCUCCCGAGGAGCAAAACGCCAUGCCCUUUAGCUGUGCCGAGUGUUCACUGACUUUUUCUUCAGUGGAUACCCUUGAGCAGCACAUCAGUGAGCAUCACUCAGAGGAUACUGCUGUGGAAAAUCAAGAUGGUGAUCCAGUGCCUGCUGAUGAUGAUCAAACCCAUGAUCCUGACUUCAUUCCACAACCCUCAGAAGCCGAAACAGUUGAAUCCAUCCAAAAGCUUCCCUCUCAGAGGCCUCAGCGACUUGGAGCUAGAUCUAGAAUUUCUGCCAUAACCAAGCUCAUUGCUCCAAAACGAAGGGCAGACAUCUGCAAGAAGCCAUUAACCGGCCCGGCUCAGGCUGAGCAGAGCUGCACUGAACCAAAGGCACCUGCUGCCAGAAAUGGAAAGCUAACAAAAUAUAAGUGGUUUAGCUGUAAUCGCUGUAAACGAACAUAUGGAAACCCAGAUGAUCUUAAAGCACACAAAUGCGCUUUGAGACAGCACAAGUGUGGUCAGUGUGGGGCGACUUUUAACAUGUCUGGUUUCCUGAGAAGACAUGAGCAGACAGUGCACGCUAAUGCAAAAUCUUACAGCUGUGAGCGCUGUGAUAAAGUCUUCACUACAUCUGGGAACCUGAAACAGCAUCAGAAGAGCAACACCUGCAUGAAGUAUCACUGCACGUCUGAGCUCCACUCAUGCUCCUUCUGUCAGUUCUCCUUCACGAUGAAGAGCUACCUUAUUAAACACAUCAAGAGGCACCACCCUGUGGAGUAUCUAUCACACUGCGAUUCAGACAACCUGAUGGAUCAGCUGGAGAAUGAGGAAGGGGAAAAGGAGUACACAUGCCCCCGUUGCGGGAAGAGCUGUGCGAGCGCCAAAGCUUUCAAAUCUCACACGUGCUACCAGCAGGUGAAGGUUCUGUACUUGUGCACCGACUGCGGGAAGGGCUUCACCAACCACUACGGUCUGAAGCAGCACCAGCGCAUUCACACAGGAGAGAAACCAUACAGCUGCCCUCACUGCAGCAAAAGCUUCUCGUACACCGGCCAGCUCAACGUUCAUCUCAGGACUCACACGGGAGAGAAGCCGUACCUGUGCACGCACUGCGGAGAGAGCUUUCGGCAGUCGGGAGACCUGAAGCGACACGAGAGGAAGCACACGGGGGUGAGGCCCUACAGCUGCCCCGAGUGCUGCAAAAGCUUCAGCCGCCCGCAGAGUCUCAAAGCUCAUCAAAUGCUUCAUCUGGGACAGAGAAUGUUCAAAUGCACCCAGUGCGGAAAGAGCUUUUCACGAAACUAUCACCUCAGGAGGCACCACCAGAAGAUGCACUUGUAAUCGGAUCACAUUGUUAGGACUUAGCGGAGGCAUUGUGGGAGAGCUGCAGAGAAUUUUUCAAUGUCCUGUACAUAACAUUAUUUAAGCUUCAGUUAGUUUAAAGAUAAAGCACUUCAUAUCCAAACAGAAUUUUUCUGUUUAAAAAUAUAUUUUUCUGUCUUAUGUGAAAGGGAGUGAAUUCAUCCAUUGGAUGGGGUUCCUGCAAAUAACAAAAAAUGUAGAGGAAGAUGCACAGUCACGUAAACAAAUGCUUAUUGUUUCACGUUAACCUGCUUUGAAAU